AUGCAGAACGAACAGCUAAACGAAUUUACUCCAGCAGAGCAUAUUCAUCAGAUUCGCUCAUAUUUCGAUAUCAUAGACAAUGCAGUUCAAAUUGGUGACACUAAUAGAAAAUAUUCUGACGCAAAGAUUCCAUCACAACCUGGAACUGCUAAAGAUAACACAUGGGUAACAUUCAAUCUCUCACUUCCUGGUGAAAAUAUGUUGGACCUUUACAAUACAUUCAUUACGUAUAAAAUGGAAGGUCAAUUUAUUGUAGAUAAAGAAAUUGGUUCAGGUUCCAAUAAAACAAACCCACCAGGAUUUUGGAUUGGUUUCGAUGACGCUUUCUAUGCAGUUGCUGGAUAUCAAAUCCUUACAAAUGGUCGUAUCGUAUAUUCUCAAGACAACGCAAGAGAAGAAGCAUAUAUAACUUCAAACUCACAAACUACCGAACAAAUAAAGAAAGUAGAUGUUUUCUCAAAGACUCGACAUGAAGAUGUAUGGAGUCAUUCGGGAACAUGCAGAACAGGACAAAUUGUUAGUGGUCCAAUUACAGCAGGAAAAUCAUUUGAUUUUAAGCUUCGUUUAAGAAUUCCUGUUAGAAGAUUCCUUCCAUUAGAAGCUAUUCGA